AUGAUAAAACUCUCAAGAGAUGUUGAAGGGGGUCAUAAUUUCCCGAAAACCAAAGGAGAGCCACCAGAUAUCCAGCUCAAAGAAAACCUGCGCGAAUGCAUGGACUUGGGAAUCGAUUGCGUUCGAAAGCUGAACUUACAGCACUUCCACUGCGAUCGCCUACCCCCGCGCCCCGAGUUCAUUCUAGAGGAGCACGUCGAAAAUAGCAAUUUUGACAAGGUCUAUUCUACUGGAACAACUGGAAUGUCUUACACGAUGGAGGGCAACAAUCCCUGGAUUAUUGGCGGCCAGAACUUUACCAUCACAAACACGACUAUGAAAAUGCAGUGGAACUACGCUGGAAAUGUUUUGAAGGGAUACAAAUGGGAAAAGAGCUGGAUAAAGAUGGCGUAUCUAAAUAUUCCAAGAACAGGGGCUGUUUCGGAGUUUUUUAAUGGGAAAGUUUGGACUUGUGGAGGAGCGACGAAUGGGAAUGAAAUCAGUGAUGAAAACGUCGAACUCGGCAUCCACAAACUCAAAGAAUUUCAAAAUGGAACCCAUCGGCUAAUCAACAAUACCCUUCCUUACGAUUUCAAAGUGCUGAGUACUUCAAUGGCCUUUCUCGACUCAUUGCCAGAAGAAUACUCUGGUCUUGACGCAAAUAUUAUUGCGAAGAAGUUGUGGGCGAGAAGAAGUCCUCACGCCGGACCGGGCGAGGAAGGCGACGGGUGGAGUGCGGGGCUGGAAUUUGCAAUGACCGCUACUGGCCCUUAUGGCGGGUGGAAAGGGAAUCCGAAGCAUAGAAUCUUUUUCGAUAAUUUUGACAUCCGCGAAACCGCGACAUGCGAGAUCUACAUCGACAGAGAUGUCGACAAAAAAGGCUGGCACUACCAGUUCAUCCCACCAGGACCGUCUCAAGAGCAAAUUAAUAACGCGCCUAAAGACAGAUGGGAGUUUCACAGCGAACAGAUGAAUGUUGCCCGGAGAUCUGCAUCCUCUGGCGUCGUGAAAAUCCUGGAAGAAGAUGUCGAAAAUGGAGUUUCUUUUCUUCAAGAGUAUUUUUACGUCAUUGGUGGGGAGCAAUCGUGCCCGGGUUGUAUUUGGCCCGGAAAAUCGAAGAGUUUGUUGAGCUCGGUUGAAAUCAUGAGUCUCAAAAAUGAAGAAUACAAAUGGGAGUUCGGGCCCUCGCUCCCAGAACCGAUUUGCUGCGCCAGCUCGAUUGUCAUUGUUGACAUCAUUUAUCUCUCUGGAGGGCUAGUUUUGAGCGAAGAAAAAGAGCUGGUGAAAUCCGACAAAGUCUUGCGACUAAAACAUGGAACAUCGGAAUGGACUCACUUUCGAACAAUGAAGGUACCAAGGGCGUUUCAUGGAAGCUUCAUGUUUCAGAAACUGCUCAAGACGAAAUCGAGCGAAGUCGGUGAAGAUGAUAUAAUUCUUGUUGGAGGGACAAAUGUAGUUUCAAUCAAGACUGGCGAGCUUGAUGCUUUUGGAGAAGAAGAAACUAUUGACGUCCGUGCCGAGCAUAUCCCGAUAACUGGAGAUAAAGGAGCCGGUCUUUAUUUAUUCAAUAUUCAUUUUUAUCCGAAAAUAAUCAAAAACGCCCAUCUAUUGAACUUUUAUUGA